AUGGAAGCCAUGUCGGUGUAUUCGCCGAUCCGUGCUGCCUCGCAACUCCCCGCCGUUCGAUCCCUUCACGGCGAUGCUCUCGGACAAUCCCUAAGGAGCUCAAAUUCCGUUAGCCUACCAAUCCCCAAGGCUUCUCCAGCUGGUCAGAUCUUGCCAGGAGGCUCUGCUCCGCAGAAGCUGCAGAUCCAGGCCAAGAUCCUGAAGACUAAGAGAGCUCCGAGAGACCCAGACUACCCGUGGCCAGAUAAGUACAAUGUGGAGGAGAAGGGAGCACUGGCGUUCCUGUCCAAGUUCAAGGACGAAGCCAAGCCCACCAAGCCGAUGGCACUGCCGUUCGAGAAACCACUGGUCGACCUCGAGAAGAAAAUUGAGGAGGUGCGCCAGCUGGCGGAUAAGACUGGCAUGGACUUCACGGACCAGGUGCAGGAGCUGCAGGACAAGUACGAGCAGCUGAAGCGCGACAUUUACGCGAGAAUAACUCCGGUUCAGCGGCUCAGCGUGGCGCGUCACCCCAACCGCCCCACUUUCUUGGACCAUGUCCUCAACAUGACCGAUAAGUGGGUGGAGCUGCACGGCGACCGCGGCGGCUACGACGACCCGGCGCUGGUGUGUGGGAUCGGGCGCAUGGACGGCAUGAGCUUCAUGUUCAUGGGGCACCAGAAGGGGCGCAACACCAAGGAGAACAUCUACCGCAACUUCGGCAUGCCCACACCCAACGGGUACCGCAAGGCGCUGCGCAUGAUGCGCCACGCGGACCACCACGGGCUGCCCAUCAUCACAUUCGUCGACACGCCCGGCGCGUACGCUGGCGUCACGGCCGAGGAGCUCGGACAGGGCGAGGCCAUUGCACACAACCUGAGGGAGAUGUUUGGGCUCAAGGUGCCGUCAGUCAGUGUGGUGAUUGGGGAGGGCGGCUCUGGUGGCGCUCUCGCUAUUGGCUGCUGCAACAAGAUGCUCAUGCUCGAGAACGCCGUUUACUUUGUUGCCAGCCCUGAGGCGUGUGCAGCCAUUCUUUGGAAGACUGCUGCUGCCGCUCCCAAGGCCACGGAGGCGCUGCGCAUCACAGCGGACCAGCUGCAGAAGCUGGGCGUCGUGGAUGAGAUCAUCCAGGAGCCGCUGGGAGGGGCGCACAACGACCACAUGGCCACGUCGAUGGCCAUCAAGGCUUCCAUCAUGGCGCACAUGAAGGACCUUGUGCAGAAGGACGAGCAGCGAAUCAUCUGUGAGCGCGUGAACAAGUUCCGGCAGAUGGGCGGCUUCACUGUGCCGCCCAAGGUGGACCCCGCCAAGCAGCGCGCUCUCAAGAAGCGCGACCGCCCCGCCGGCCAGAGCAUCUCUGCCUCCCCAUCCAACCGUUCCUUGCCUGCCUCGGGAUCCCAGCCUGUUGCCGCGCCUUCUGACAAUGGCAAUGGCGCCACGUACCCCUCAUCUGUUGUGAGCGCGGAUGCCAAUAGACAGGCUUCCAGCCGCUCCUCUCCGCGUUUGUUCUUCGCCGGAUUUCUCGCCUCACAGUCGCCAAACAAGUCAAUCACUAACGCGGAUAAUGACGAGAUUGUCCCUAACGAACACGAUCGGGACCGGUUUCUGGGUUCCAGUAGUGCUCUUAACGAGAUGUCCCUUAACGCGUGUGUGGUUUCAAGCUUCGUUGAGAUCAAAGCGCAGGGUGAGAACGGCGAAUGCGAGCAACCCAUGUGGCGGUUUCUAGCAGGCAGAGGUUGCGGUACAGCAUUGGCUGGAGAUGACAAUGGUAUUGUAUGGCAGGUGAGUGAGGAGCGAGGAAAGAAGCAGCCAUCGCCUGAAGAAACAGGCAAAGAGAAGCGCGAGCACAGCAACGAGCAACAGGGGAGGGAGAAGCAAGAGAGGGAGCAGCAGGUAAAGAAGCAGCAGGAGCAGGAGCAGCACACGAAUCGGUCAAGUUACAGUGAAGGAAGAGUGGAUGAUGCUGAUGAAAGGUCCAUCAGGCAGGAAGGGGAGGGUCAGGAAUGGGAGGAGGAGUUGGCAGGAGCAGCGAGACACAUGACCCGUCUUUGUGCUGUUCGCUGGGAUAGGCAGCCAGCGAAUGAGCGUGUGACAGGUGGCGAGUGCUCACAAGACACUGCGGCCUUCGUUUCUG